AUGGCGACCAUUCUACCAUUCUGGAACGCAAAUUCAUCUGGCGAGUACACGCCAUUACCUGAAUAUACGGAAGACAUUCAUCGAAAUAGAAGCCCAAAGAAUUUGAAACACUCGACCAUGUCUCAACAAGAUGUUCAGAUCGAGAUGGAGCCAAUUUCUGGCAACGCCACACGACCUCGAAGUGAGAGCCUACAACAGCUUGAGCAGAGAGAUCAAAUCGCCGAGGUUAAGAACAAGCUCUAUGUCAACAAGGUCAACAGAGAUACGAUCCAUUUCAAUAUUGUUAGGGGAGAUGGAAUUUUGAAAACGUACGACUUUGGAGCUGGCUCCACGGUUCAUAAGUUCUGCCCAACUUGCGGAACCAACGCCUUGGGCUUUCCUCAUGGUAAAAGCCAGAGCGCCGAUGUGGGGAUUAAUGCCAGGACAUUGAUGGAUGUCGAUAUAUGGGCCCUCGAGGGCAAGCCAUACGAUGGUGUUGCCACUGAGCCGGCAUACAAGCCGCACGAAUUCGCCGGCCCUUUGCCAACUUUGAGAAUUCCACCACCUUGGCUGGGAGCUACGACUGUGGCAAUAGGACCGGGAGGUCCCUUCGCAGAGCAUACGGAAUAUGUCCAGGAAUGCAAUUGCAGUAUUUGCAUGCAGAAUGGCACAAUCUUCUUCUACCCCCUCCGUCCCCAAGUCUCCAUCUCAGACCCUAGCAACAGCCCCAAAGCGUACAUGAUGGGCCGCAAAUUCCAGCAGCACAAGUUCCGCUCGACCUGUAGUGUCUCCGUUUAUAUUGGCAAAGAAGGGUUGCCGGAAGAAGCGGCGAAAUGGCCAGAUGCAAGACAGAGCAUAUGGCCGCAGAUAUUGCCUGUGAAUCUGCGAAUAAUGGAUGGCGUGAACUGGGAUCAGAUUGUUGUGAAGAGAGCUAUAAGGCUGAGGAAAUAG